AAACUAAUAAAUUCGACCAGCCGUGAAAAUAUUGAAGUUUUAAAGAUGCCAAGAUGAAACAUAGUCAAAAUUCACGUGGGAUACAUGGACUUGUGUAAUUAAUGAAAUGGCUGAUGGGAAGAUGAAUUCCGAAACUAAAAGCGAUGAGCCGUCUUUGGUGAAACUGCAACAAGAGGCACUGGCUUGUUUGGAUGGAUUUCCAAACAAAGUUAUAGAACUGAAUAACAUCAUCGAGACAUACAUGCCUGUGACUAUUAAGACAAGAAGCUCUUGCAGAAAUACUGCACGUCGAGUGCCGAGGUCACGAGCUGUGUCCUCCACUAUCCUAGAUUAUGAUCUCACUACAAAUCCUGAAUUAGAUGUAACAAGCUGUUAUUCAUUAUCAGCAUAUGAUCGAGGACAUACCCGACGUGGAAUUUGCAAAAGAAAAUUCUACCGUUUAAUAGGUUUUCAUGCAUCUACCCUUCGUCGCCGACCUGGGCCUCUAGGUCAGUUACUCGCUUUUAUAGCCAGUAAACUAACAAUGUGUGCGAAGAAUUUUGUAAUUACACCAUCCUGGUAUAUCAUCGAUAGAAUAAUUUAUAUUAUUUUUCAACGUAGGCGCCAGUUAAAGAAUGUACAGUGCGGGCCAUCAGCAGAUUGGAACGCUUCUAUCUCAUCGUACAUAAAUAAUUACAAGAACGAUAAUACGAUACUCGGAAACUUUAUCAGCGUCAUCAGACCAGCUGCUGUACAACUAAUUGCUGAUACAACUGUAGUAGAUUAAUGCCCCUUUGGAAAACGACAUUUUCUAUCUCAUCUGAAAAUUGCCGUGUGACAACGAACAACGACACAUUCCAGAAGGGCGUCUUUUAGGGCGAGAAUCUUCCAAGAAUCACUUCACCAAGAAUCUUCUGCUGUUUUACAUCACACUUUUGGCACUAUCUCUCGCACUACGCAAUUCUUCUAAGUACCUCUGCGGCGACACUAAUUAUCGUGAGCAUAGAGGCUACUCAUAUAUUUCAUAUAGAUCACCUGAAGGUCUAUGAUUGUGGUGCAAGCCAACUUCAAGUUGCUUAAAUAUCGUUAAGCAGUACACAGAAGAAAUUUUUAUGGACUUUCGAAAAGACAAGUGUGCCAAGAUUAAUCUGAAGGAAGGAAAGAUUACUGGAGAGACCUAAACACACCUGGGCGUACCUCAAAGCCGCAUUCAGGACGUAACAUGAGUAAAGGAGUCUUUCUGAAGCAGAUGGUUCGACAGAUUUGGUCUUUAAACCUGUCGGAAUUAAACAAGGCAUCUUCAACGAACAUUAUUGGGAUCCCGGUUCUAAUUCUACUCGCUAUAGGGUGGUUCGAUGGACGAAGAACGAUAUUCAGACCCUUCAAAUCGCCACUCGUAAGGUCAUGCAUAUUCGUUUGGGAUUACACAUCCCACGCCUCAGGAAUUUACAAUUCAAAAUCAUCUACAGCCUACAAUUCUUAUCCGAUUCACUUUGGUCUGAAUAGCAGAAAAAUCUGUAAAAAAUGCAAAAAAUCCACAUUUUUUGCGUAAAAACAAAGAAAACAAAAGUUUAUUAAAAAAUAUGAUCUCAAAAAAGCUCCACGCUGCUCCGCUGUGGUUCUUAUUGACCCUUUUUAAAAAUUUGUUUGUUUACAAUUUUGACUUCGAAUUGGAAUUCCUUGACCCCAAAAACUUCCUAAUUACUAUUUUCACGAACGUGAUGUCAUUUUUUUUUAAAUUUGGUCCACUAGUGUAUGACGUAUAUAUUGUUUUUGACCAUUUGAACCUCAAAUUUGAAUUCCUUGUCACAAAAAACCGCUGACGUCAACGUUUCACGAAUGUAACGUCAGUUUUUUCAAACUUGGUCUACUAUUUUGUGGCAGCUAUUUUGUAUGUGAUAAUUUUAAACUCAAAUUUGAAUUCCCUGACCCUGAAAACAUGAGGGUACUGAGUUUCAAAAAAAUUUACUCAUUACUUGAAUUUUGGCCAACCUUGCGAGUGUUUCCGACCACUGAACGGUUAUCAAAUUUUUUCGAAGCGAUCAGCAAUAGUUGCGUAAAUGCGUAUAUCGAUCAAAUGUUUAAAUUUUUAUUAUUUUGU